AAAAUAGCUUUUGGAUUCAACAUCUGGCUGCAAGCUGAUUGGCUGAAGGACCUGCCAAUGACGUUGUCCUUGCUGCCCACUUCCGCCCAUCUUCAGAGGCAGUUCUCUCCUCGAUUGUUUAUCUUACCACAUAAUUCAUUUCGACUUAAAUCACAGGCUGUCUGUGAUGCUCGGAUUAAGCCUGAACUGCAGGGACAAGUCGCGGAUGGAAACAUGACUUGUGAGUAACGAUUAGUUACGUUCUCAGCGGAAGAAUGAACAGCGAGGAGGAGUUUUACGACGCCGAGACAGGGCUGGAGUCAGAUGAUUCCUGUGAGGUCAGUUUUAAAGAUGCUGUGGUUUUUGGCAGCAAGCAAGUGGCCGAUGCCAGCAGCACGCAGGAGAAUGGAGUGUGGGCACGCAGGAAAGUCCUUCCUGCUGAAAUGAUCUCCAGAAACAAUUUCAGUGUGUGGAGUAUACUGAAGAAAUGCAUCGGCAUGGAGCUGUCCAAAAUAGCGAUGCCUGUUGUGUUCAACGAGCCACUGAGCUUUCUCCAGAGAAUCUCAGAGUACAUGGAACACACUUACCUUAUCCACAAAGCCUGCAGUUUAUCUGAUUCUAUAGAGCGGAUGCAGGUUGUCGCUGCAUUUGCUGUUUCAGCUGUAGCAUCUCAAUGGGAGAGGACUGGAAAGCCUUUUAAUCCUUUGCUGGGGGAGACGUAUGAACUCAUAAGAGAGGACGAGGGGUACAGGUUAAUCUCGGAGCAGGUGAGUCACCACCCCCCUGUCAGUGCCUUCCACGCUGAAAGUCUGAAGCAAGAGUUUGUGUUUCAUGGCUCCAUCUACCCAAAACUCAAGUUCUGGGGAAAAAGUGUGGAAGCUGAGCCCAAAGGGACUAUGACACUGGAGUUACUGAAACAUAAAGAAGCAUAUACGUGGUCAAAUCCAAUGUGCUGUGUGCAUAACAUCAUAUUGGGAAAACUCUGGAUUGAACAGUAUGGAACUGUGGAGAUAAUCAAUCACAGUACUGGGGAUAAGUGCAUUUUGAACUUCAAACCAUGCGGGAUGUUUGGGAAGGAACUUCACAAAGUAGAAGGUUAUAUUCAAGACAAAAGUAAGAAGAUACGACUGGUGAUCUAUGGGAAGUGGACGGAAUGCAUGUACAGUGUGGACCCUAAGGUUUAUGAGUCGCAAAAGAAGACAGGGGGAGACUCAAAGAAGCUAAAGCAGGAACAUAGUUGUGAAAGUGAGGAGGCGGACGAGAUGCCGGAAGUUCAAGAAACCGUGGCGGUGAUACCAGGAAGUGCCUUAUUGUGGAGGAUAACGCCGCGUCCCGCUCACUCCGCUCAGAUGUAUAACUUCACCAGCUUUGCCAUGACGUUAAACGAGCUGGAGCCCAGCAUGGAAACACUACUGGCCCCCACAGACUGCCGGCUAAGACCUGACAUCAAAGCAAUGGAGAAUGGAGACAUAGAUGCAGCAAGUUCAGAGAAGGAGCGAUUAGAGGAGAAGCAGCGUGCUGCCCGACGAGAACGCGCCCAGGAUAAAGAGGACUGGUCGACCAGGUGGUUCCAGCUGAGAACGAACCCUCACACAGGAGCUGAGGACUGGCUCUACACAGGUGGAUACUUCGACAGGAACUUUAGUGAUUGUCCCAACAUUUAUUGACAUAGGUGCUCGGUAUGAAGAUCUCGUCUGAAAUAUGAUUGUUUCUUAGCAUCUCAAAUUGUGUCUUUGUGCCGUUCACUGAUACUUGAUUUUGUUUAAGUAAGUGAUAUUUGAGUCAGGCAGUCAGUUUAUCAGAUUAUCAGCAACUGGCUGUGAACGUGGUCCACAGGACAACUCAAGUUUCACAGAGAGUUUAAGAGUUUACUGACUUUAAAUGUUGACCUUAAAUGUCUUUAUCUGAUCAUAUCAUAACCAGGGUUUUGACAAAAUUACUCCCCUGUUAAGGAUUUUAAACUGAUCAUGUGUGAUCUCUGGAGUGGUGAACACUACUGGAGGACAUAAAGUUUCAACUUCAGAUAUAUUUUCAGGUUUAGUUCAUGUAGUCAAUCUACAUCUUUUUUCUAGCUGCACCACACACGUCUGUCAAUAUAUCAUACAUCAGGGGUUCUUGAAACACAUCUGCUACUUUAAAAUGUAACCUAUUAGACAACUAAAUGUCUAUCUUAGUUCGCACUAAACAUCACAACAUCUUGUGAUCAUUUGUCAGUAGACCUACAAUAUAAAUAAAAGCUGCUUAUAACAAAGUUUACUGUAACUGUAAACAGAUAUUUGUGGUACAUUAGAUUGUUGUCCUUUAUAACAUAGUUAAUGUGUGUGAUAAUUGGUGCAUGCAUGGCCACCAAGAUGAUUAUUUACACAAGUUAAAGCCAUAAAACCCCUUUCUGCACCUAAUAUACUGUAAAUGCAAAGUUAAAAGAAAAAUGGAUACAGAGCACAUGAAACAGUGGUUUCAAAGUCUGACUCAUCUCAACAAUUAUAAGUCAGUAAUUGUGACGAUCAGCAGGUUCUGAAAGUUUUAAGGAUCACUGUUAUUUCAAGGUGUUUGGGCAGAUGUUUGGACAUUUGUUGAGGAUAGGAUAGACCACACAGUGUGCCUCCUGUAUGUGUGCUCAGAGUUAUGGAUAGCCCCAGGAAGGCGCCUGUCGAGCUUUGAAAAGCUGUGUUUGAAAGAGGAAGCUGUGUUCGUUCUGAUGACCAUUCUCUUCCAAUGAACGAAUUGCCCUGAUCUGACAUCUGGAGUUGACCUAAACCAUUUUUCAGUAACUUAAAGUUGUGCUGUUGGACACAGUAGCAACAUAUAAGACCGGGGACACUGUAGGAAUUAUAAACCUAUGCAAACAGAUCCAUUCAGUCUGUCCUUCUGAAAUGUGAAAAAUAAAACACGUCACAUGUGUGUUUCAGACACUAAAGUAGAUGAAUGUCGUGUUGAUAAUACAAUGCUUACAUAUGUACAGUUCACAAUAGUUGCAGAUGUUUCCUUUCAUUGCCAAGCAUUAGCCUUGCAUUUAACUGCACAUCCGACUGCUCACAGUCCUAUGCACAUAUUGUAUUGUCAAAUAUCUGCUUAACUUUACUCUGAAUUCAAAGCACUUUGUGAUGCCAGCAGACUCUGAGGGGCAGGUUCAGUCUCAUGGCUCAUAUGAACUCAUACUCUUUAUCAGUUUGUUUCUGGUCUCAUGUCUGUUUAAAAAUGUUUACAUUGUAUAUUUGUUUCUCUGUCUUCUCCUCUUCAUAGUACCAUAUAACUAUAUGCACACGAAGCAUAUUUAAGAAAUAAAUGAUGGAUUAUGUACUGUUGAAA